GAGGACGAGGUGAGAUUGGCAGCAGAAGAAAGAGCUGGGUAAUUGGUGGGCAGGCAUCCAGAGGAGGUGGGCGGGAUCUAAUAACAACAAUAAUAACGAUAAUUUGUCUUGCACUUAAUAGCCAGCGCUAAUUGAAUGGCUCAAGGCCCCAGCGGGGGCGUGUCUUCGUCUCUGCAGAGCGGGGGUCUGAGCAGGGUGAGGCUGGGCCGGUACUGUUGAGCGUUUGGGGGGCCGGGGGAGAGUAGGACCCUCUGCUUUUGGCCUCCGGGGCCAUCAGAGUCCACAGUCAGGCUGGCUGCAGGAAUUGCCCCUUCUCCCCCAGAGAGCCGCCCGGGUCCUGAGAGCAGCUAGCUUAGGGGCUGCCCGAGGCCCUCAGCUCUGGCCGUUCCCCUCUGAGGUCCUGGGGCAGGACCCCAAGCCCCCCGGAUCAGGACAAGAGGGCCCAACAGCUGCUUGAGUGGAUGAGCGCAUGAGUGACUGGCUGGACGGGGGAGGGAGGGACCUGGGUAGGAUGGUUUAGUGACCGCCCUCGGCUCUUCACCAGGAUUGCGGUUGGUCCCCCAGCACGCGCUUCCUGACCUCUCACUCAGCUCCAGGGGUACCUGCUGGUCCCUGUUGCACGGGGGCGGCAGCCGAGGCCCAGAGAGGCUGAGCCGCAUGUGCAGGGUCACAGAGUGGAGUGGCCGAGGCACCGGGCUCCAGCCUCCGUGCCAGGAGCCAGGGCAGCACUGCCGCCGGGGCCUUUUCCGCGGAGACAGAGGAGACGCCGGGGUGUUCUCACCUCGUGGCUGGUUUUCAGUCUCCCUGGUGGGUGGUGUAACCUCCCUCUGCUCAGGGCUGAAACCGAAAUGCAGAGCGGACUGUCCCCGAGUCCCCAGGUGUGCCCUGCGCCAGGCACCCCUGACCAGCAGCGCCAGUGGGAGCCCCUGCCGACCCCCCAGAAGUCAGCGAGAGAAGCUGCAUCUUUCUAGGGCCUCGUAGUAAAGUUCUGCCUAGUCAGGGCUUCCUGCCGUGUCUGGAGUACCAUGCAGACGCCUGGCUGGGCCUGCACGGCCCUGCUCUGUCCCCUCUGCCUCUAGUGCCUCAUCUACUACCCCAGGGCAGGGCUGGCUCCGUCGUUUUCAGGGCCUGGCAUGAAAUGAAUAGGUGAGCCCCUUGGGCAAAAAGCAAGAAAAAAGCUUUUCCCUUUCUUCCGAGGUCUCUCAGCCUGUCAGGGUGUUUUUAACUUGGUAUUUCCUGUCGCACUCCCCCAGGUACAGGGUUGCCCUCGGGGUGCAGGCCUGGCUCCUGCCCAGGCCCCCGUAGGACCUCCUGUGCAAAACACAGAUCCCGAGAUAAGAUUAGCAGUAGUCUCAGGGUGGCGACCACAGAGUAUUGACCCCCAUGCGCAGGGCUCCCUCACCACUGGUGGCCCUGCUGUGGCCCCUGCAGGCACCCCACCUGCCCCUUCCCGCCCUCCAUUCCACAUCCAGGGCUCAGCCUCCCUCAGGCCCACCUAUCCUGUCCCAGCCAGGCCUUUCCUGUGUGUCUGCUUGGCCUGGGACGCUUUCCCCUAAAUCCUGGCAUCCGUCAUUCCUUCGCAUCUGGGUCGGCAAACUCUCCUUAAUGAGCCAGAGAGUAAACGUUUGAGGGCUUACAGACCAAGAGGCCAUGUUGAGGGUAUAUGUUGACACCUACAUACCAGUUAACAUGUGACCAUUUAAACCCCGUGAGAACCGUUCUUGGUUGGAGGGCAGCUUCCAGGAGGGUCAUUGUGUACGGACCCUCCCUUACGUUACCCCGUCUUGGCUCCAGUCUGGCCCAUGGAGGGGCCUUUGGCAGUCUGUAGGGGGUGUAGGAUUUUCCUCUGCCCUCCUAGGGCUUCCGGCUGGACUGACUAAGGCGGAUUAACAGGAGAAAAGCAUACGAAUUUUACUUCCGUGAGCUUGGGAGCCCUCAGGAGAAAAUCGCCGGAGUGCUUCUUAUACACCAGGGUGAGCAGGUGCCAUGGUGGGGAGUAACCGCGGGACCCGGGGGAAUGCAGGAAGGAAGGUCAUUUUAGCAGAUCUCUCUCGGGAUGUUUCUUCUUCCUGGAGCCGGGAGGGCACUUUCAUGUGCCUCCUGCUUUCGGGGGAGAAGGUGCGUUCAGAGCGUCCUUGUUGCACCUGCUGUUUUCCGACUGCCCUGAAUUCGGGGUCAUCAGUGUGGUAAAGCAGCCUAUCAAGGUGGAAGUUCUGCAUCUCACGUCCUGGUUCAAGAGCAGCCCCUUCCCCUCCAUGCCCAGCCUCACUUUCCUGCUGGCUCUUCCCACCAUGGAAAUCGGGGUGUUGGUUCCCUCACUGCCUUGUUCUGGGCAGCGUGGCUCCCGGUGCUCAGUAAGCACCUCUGGGUGCAGGGAAAUCUCUGGUGCAGGGCUGGCCGCUGUCACCUCCCUGUCCUCCGUCCCUUCCCCCAGAGCCUGUGGGUUCCCUGGAAGGAGGAUGGAGGCCAGCCCAGGCCUUGUCGCUGCAGGAAGCUGGCCUGAGGUGGACGCUCGAGGCCGGGAAGUCCCUGCUUUAUUGACUUAGACGUGAUUGUUCCAGUGGCAGCACGUGAUAACCGCCUGGCAAACGAGUUUCAACCCAGAAGCCACAGAGGAGCGGCCUCUGUCCGUCCCACCUCCUCAGCCCCCGAGCCCUUGGCCUCUCUUCCUUUUCUUUCUCUUGUGUGUUUCUGUUGUUGCUGGGGUUUGAAUAAGAAGGCCCGUACGAAUUCUUAGGUCUUUUUACCUUUUAAUUGAGAUGUAAGUCACAUAUUGGAAAGUUCGCCCUCGUAAAGUGUACAAUUUAGUGGUUUUUAAUACAGCCACAGAGUUGCGCAACCGUCACCACUGUCUGAUUCCAGAACAUUUUCAUCGCUCCAAAAAACCCCGUGCCAGUGCGCGACCCCUCCCCGUCCCACCCCCAGGCUGGCAGCCGCUUAUCUCAGCCUGGACGGUUCACAUCCCGGAGCCGCGCUCUGAGUGGCCUUGUGUGCUGGCUGCUUCCCCGGGCGUUGGAGUUGUCACCCCUUGUUGGCUGUCACGCACAGCACUGCUGUGAAUAACACUUAGGAGUGGGGUCCUGGGGUCACACAGUGACUUCGUCAUUAUCAGGACGUGCCAGGCUCUCUUCACAGCGGCUGCCCUACUGGCACACCCGCCCGCCGUGCAGUUUUCACGUUUACCUGUGAUCUGAGGGCCCGCACAGUUCUCUCUCCCCAACACCCCGAUUUCCCUGUUGUGAUACAUAGGCCUUGUCACCAGAAAGAAGCCAACCUUUAGUCUUUUCCCCUCGUUACACAAGUAAUUAUCCAUUAAUGUAAAAAAAAUUGAGAAGGUGAAGGUAAAGGAGAAGAAAAUGUUAAGAUGGCUCUUACUGUUAUUGGCCGGGGGGGCGGGGGCGGGGCGGCCACUUUACAGCGUUGUUUCAGAGGCUGUGAGAUGUCCGUAGACCCGCUUCCCAUGGUCUGUGAUCUUAUUACACUUUCUCCCACCACGGGGCUGGCGGGUUCUUUCCGGUUCUUACCCUGUUCUAAAUCUUGCUGUGGCAAACCCUGCAGGAAGCAUUUUCCGAGGUUUGGGUUUUCCCCGCAGAUUAGCUUAUGAAGUGGGCUUCCCCGGGCAGGGGCCGUGAGCUCCACAGCGGCAUCACCUGACUGGGCCCUCGUCAACCGGAUUGUGCAUGUUGUACCCGGCUCUCGGCCCGCUAGGGGCUGGGGCCCGAUGGGUCCGAGGGCCGGUCUGUCCUUCCGGUAUGGGUCUCACCACUUCCUGCAGUGGGUCCUAGAAGGGGGGUGGUCGUGGGGGUCGGAUUUGGGGUGCACUGUGUUCUGUCCCUCGAGCCUCUGCUCUGUUAGUUGGCCUGUCACCCACCUGUUGGCAGCACAUGUCUGUGCCUGGCACUGUCGUGGGGCCCCCGGAGGGUCUCGGCAGGGCCCUGGAGGCCGGGUACAUCCCCUGCCCUGUGACCUGCAGCGAGGCCAUGGGCCCAGGAGGGAGGCAGGGCAGCGUCCUCCUUUGUCCCCCGGCUGCCAGGGUCCUGGGAGUCGUCUCAGCCCUGAGUCCCGCACCACCAGCGCUGAGUAACUCCUGGCUGCUGUCCAGGUGCUCCCUGCUGUUGCUGCAAGGGACCCGGGAUCUGGCCCCGCUGCGUUCUUGAGCCUCAGUCUCCCCGUCUGUGAAACAGGUGUUGUCAUAGUGCCCCCCCUUGGAGAGACCCUGCAUUUCACACGGUUCCCCAGGCCUCCGCCUGGCCUUCCAGGCCCUGUAGGAGAAUCUGCCCGCCCUGCCUCACAGCCUCCUUGCUGACCCCGGGCCUUUGCACCCACUGUCCCUGCUGCCUGCAUCCCUCUCCCUCCACACUGCUUGUUCAUCUCAGGCCUGCUCCUGCUCCCAGCCCCUCUGUGUGUGUCAUGGCACUUGCAUUGUCUGAAAUCACCUUUCCUUUCCUGUGCUCAUUGGUUUUCUGUCUCCUGGACUGGCAGGGACCUCCCCAUGAGGCAGGGGCCGCAGCCUGUUUACCACAGUGUUCUCCGGUGGGGGAGGGGGGUGACUGGGACAGGUGGGGAGAAGAGAGUUAAUUACAUCAGUGUCUCAGGAGAUGCGCACAGCACACCCCCAGCCUGUGGAGCCUCUAACACUCCCGCCUUAUCUUCUCGUCAGGCCCAGAUGCAGUUGGGCUCAGAUACAGUGACGGGAAGCUGCCUUGGUUUUGUCAUCAACCCUGCCGUGGCCUCCAACCAGAGCUUGUCUGCCUCACCACCGGCCUCACGUCUCGCCACUGGCUCCAUUCCCAUGAGCUGCCUGGUUCAGGCUCCCACCUUCUCGUCAGGGACCCAGACAUGGAGCUGCGGGAAGAGGCGUGGUCUCCGGGGCCGUUGGAUUCUGAGGACCAGCAGAUGGCCAGCCAUGAGAACCCAGUGGACAUUCUCAUCAUGGAUGACGACGACGUCCCCAGCUGGCCCCCAACCAAGCUGUCCCCGCCCCAGUCGGCGCCCCCGGCUGGUCCCCCGCCCCGGCCGCGGCCGCCCGCCCCCUACAUCUGCAACGAAUGCGGCAAGAGCUUCAGCCACUGGUCCAAGCUGACGCGGCACCAGCGCACGCACACGGGCGAGCGGCCCAACGCUUGCAGCGACUGCGGCAAGACCUUCUCGCAGAGCUCGCACCUGGUGCAGCACCGGCGCAUCCACACGGGCGAGAAGCCCUACGCCUGCUCCGAGUGCGGCAAGCGCUUCAGCUGGAGCUCCAACCUCAUGCAGCACCAGCGCAUCCACACGGGGGAGAAGCCCUACGCCUGCCCCGACUGCGGCCGCAGCUUCACGCAGAGCAAGAGCCUGGCCAAGCACCGGCGCUCGCACAGCGGCCUCAAGCCCUUCGUGUGCCCGCGCUGCGGCCGCGGCUUCAGCCAGCCCAAGAGCCUGGCGCGCCACCUGCGGCUGCACCCGGAGCUGUCGGGGCCUGGCGUGGCGGCCAAGGUGCUGGCGGCCAGCGUGCGCCGGGCCAAGGCACCCGAGGAGGCGGCGGCGGCGGACGGCGAGAUCGCCAUCCCGGUGGGCGACGGCGAGGGGAUCAUCGUGGUGGGCGCGCCGGGCGAGGGGGCCGCGGCGGCCGCAGCCAUGGCGGGCACGGGGACCAAGGCGCCGGGACCCCGCUCGCGGCGCGCCCCGGCCCCCAAGCCGUAUGUGUGCGUGGAGUGCGGGAAGGGCUUCGGGCACGGGGCCGGGCUUCUGGCCCACCAGCGCGCCCAGCACGGGGACGGGCUCGGGGCGGCGGGGGGCGAGGAGCCCGCGCACAUCUGCGUGGAGUGCGGCGAGGGCUUCGUGCAGGGCGCGGCGCUGCGGAGACACAAGAAGGUCCACGCCGUGGGCGCUCCCUCCGUCUGCAGCCGCUGCGGACAGAGCUACUACCGGGCAGGCGGGGAGGACGACGACGACGACGAGGCGGCGGGCGGGCGGUGCAGCGAGUGCCGUGGCGGGGAGGGCCGGUAGGGGCGGGGGCCCGGGGGGGCGGGGCCCCUCGGGCUUGGCGGGGACGACGGCGCAGGACCCAGAGACCCGGGGAGAAACGGACAGAGGGCUGCCCCGGACCGGCGGCGCGCUCUACCCCCUCCCCUCCCGCGGCCUGUGCGGCCUGAGAGGUGCGGCGGGCCUGGGGCGGGACACUGGGGACGCUCACCGGGCCGCCCGGCCCCUCCCCGCGCCCGGCCCUCGGCCUGGCCUGACCCUUGUAGGUUCUCGGCCGAGCCCGAAUCAAGACGUGUGAGAACUAGAGAGACCAAGAUACGACAAAACCCACGAGCGAAAGACCAUUUUCCCUCUUUCUCUUCCCCACCAACGGGGGGGUGUUGAGAAGAUGGCGAACAUUGGGACCUUUCCACUCGGAGGGGCCCCAGAGAGGGAAGGGAAAGAGGGGUCCUUUCCCCUUUUAGAAUUUUCUUUAUAAUCAUAUCCCCUUCCUGACCCCGCCUACCUAUUAUUUUCUCUCUUCUUCGCGGGUCCCAUCCUUUUUCCUCGCCCUAGUCCUUCCUCCCCCUCCUGGAUGUGGGGUAGCAGAGAAGUGCUGGAGCGGAACUAGCCCCUGUCCCAGGCGCACCCCGCAGAAAACGGGUUCCCGUCUCAUCCCAUGCCUGGGCACGGUUGGAGGAGGGGUGCGGGGGGCAAUAAAUCGCACUAUCCAAUUGUC